CCCGCCGCCGCCUUUCGGGACUCUCCGCCCCGCCGUCAAUUGUCAGUGCUCCCCAACCGCAAUCAAUCAGUUAUUUGUCAGCCCCUGUCAAUCCGCCCUUGAUUUAUGUCAGCUUUUGUUGCUGAUUACAAGCCUGGUGUGACUUGAAGGGGGAAGGAGAGAGAGAGAGGGAGGAAGGAAAACAGAGGGAGAGACGGGCUCCUCGGGAGAAAAAGCCUUUUAAUUUUCGGAAUAAAUCCUUGGAGUAAACUGGAUUUGUUUGCCAGGACCCGGUAGCCCUCCCCAGCCCCUCAUCGCCCUGUCGGGGAGGGCUGAUGGGCUCCUCUUCCCCUUACCUCUUGGUCCUCUUCGAAAGUGUCCUUCGUCCCUGCACCCGCCGGGCUGAACCGGUCGCCGGCAGCGGGGGCCUGGGGAGGCGGCCCCUCGCCCUAACGAGAGUACUGGUUCGCCAUUUAUGUGUUUGAUUUUCAGCUAGGCUGUGUUGGGAGCCUUGUGGGUAUGCACACGGUAUCCACCCGGGCGUUACAUACGUCCUGCUUUGUGUCUGUGCGCUCCCGAAGGAUACAGAGUCCUCUGUCCUCAACCCCAUUUUUACCGGUGCCGGCGGAUGCCCCGAGAGGAAUCCGCAGCCCUUCAAGGCGCUGGAUUGCCUUUUUCCUUUCUCUUUGUACUUUGCUUCCCACUAUCCCCCCCACCUCCUCAUCCCAUAACAUUUUUUCACAGGCAAAAUGUGUUAAUCAAUCUUUUACUUUUGUUUCCGGAUCUGACAUGGUGGCCCACACAAUCUACAACAUUAACAAAAAGGUCACUUAGAGAUAAAACACGUUUGACAAGUGAAGAACAAGGCAAGUGCUUUAGGGGUCGCGUCCAAUUCCUGACCUGGACUCCAACCAGAACAGGCGCUGAUCCUGGAAGGGUUGGACGAGAGGAAGGACUUUCACUUUCUCACGUUUAGAUCUGCUGAACCAAGUCCUUUUUCUUCCCUUGAAACACCGAUCUGCCCCAGUCCCUAAACAGAUGUGUCAGAUAGUCUUUAACGACCUGCUCUUCUUACGAGGUAUAUGUAAGGCAGGUUUUCCUCGCUAUCCCCCCCCCCCCUUCCCCCGCCCCCGCCAAGCGGUACCCUUUAAAUCUUGCAGCGCAGUGUCCUACAUUAGUCAGGACUGUGAAGAGAUUCCAGAAUUCCUAGGAAGAAAAUAUGGACAUAUGGCAAAAAGGCUAGAUCUUAGCUUCAACUUGUUAAGGUCACUAGAAGGACUGAAAACAUUCAGUUACUUGGAAGAACUGAUCUUGGACAACAAUCUACUCGGAAAUGACCUUCUGUUGCCCAGGUUACCCCACCUCCAUACCUUAACGCUGAACAAGAACCAAAUAACAGAAUUAGAAAGCCUUUUGGACCAUUUGGCUGAAGUUGUGCCCUCACUACAGUAUCUCAGUUUGCUUGGAAACAUUGCUUGCCCAAAUGAACUGGUCUGCAAAGAAAAGGAUGAAGAUGACUACCAGAGAUACAGAUAUUUUGUCCUGCACAAAUUGACAAACCUGAAAUUUCUUGAUACUCGGAAAGUAACCACGAGGGAGAGAGAGGAAGCCUUGAUAAGAGGCGCCUUCAUGAAAGUGGUUAAGCCCAAGGAUGCUAAGGCCUCUAGUGCUGCUGCCCCUGCCUCUCCAGAGAUGCACUAUACACCUCUGCCUUCUGGAUCCAGAGACCUCACCAAUCACAGAGGCGUUUUGGGGAAAUGUCGCUACAUUUACUAUGGAAAACAUUCCGAGGGCAACAGAUUCAUCCAAGAUGACCAGCUAUAAAACACAGUGCUGUUUCGUGCCUCUUCAAUCCCUCUACACAAGAAGCACAAAUCACAUCUAAAUUUUAAGCAUGUAACUAAAGUCCUCUAGUGCCUUCUGCUGACUUUGCCAAGCCUGUCAAGAUCAUCCUUCUAUCUUAGUCUGAGUAGUCACAUAGAGAUUGACAUGAUUGCCUUUAAGCAGGUCCCAUCCACCAGUGUGACAGACAGCUGCAGCCGAGCACCCGGCCUGACAGGAGGAGCACCGUGAUGGAUUGCCUGGUCCAAGUGCUGCUCGCAGGAGAGCAGGGGUCACACCUGGGGCCGGGCUGAGCCUGCUCCAUCGGUGGCGCCUCCGCAAAAGCUCCGCGUUUAUCUCUGCCUGGCCUGUUGAGCGAAAGUGGCUGGUGAUAUCAAAGUGUUUAUAACAGAGAGAGGCUGUAAUUUCAGAUGAAAAAGCCCUUAUCAGUUCUUUUUUUUUUCCCUGUGAAUUAAGUGCUUGUGUUUCUAUCAUCUCAUAUGUGCAUACACAAAUCCUUUCACAGUUUGGUAGUAUAGCCACCCACCCCCAAAUGAGCCUAGAUGGAUUAUUUUUUCUUUCAGCAGGGAAAAAUAGAUAUCCUGAAAACAUUUUGGCCAUGCAAAGCAUUGUCAAUCUGUGUGAAUGUUUAUAAGCAAAGGAAAAGGAUUUAAGCAAUUUCCCAGACAAACAAAAUUUUCUUAUCCUUGAAUCGCAUCUUAUCAUUUACUAGCUCUUACCUUCAAAAAAGUGAGUAUUUCUUUAUGCUGUAGAAUAGUGGCAUAGUUUAACUGUUUAUACUUGGAAGAAGUCUUCGUUAGUGGUAUUGACAGUGUGUGUUAUUCCUGGUUUAUUGCACAAGAUAUUUUUAACUUGUAGGGAUUACGUGUAGAAUUAAAUGCUUAAAUUUGGGGAAAAAAGUGAUUAAAAGGAGUGAUAUAAAUCUGCCACCAGAUGGGUAUGAUUAUUCAGAGGGGAGAAAAGUCAACAAAAGUAACUGGUGGAAUUAACAUAAUUAGCAGCUUUACUAAUACGUUAGAGAGAUGAGUUCUGAAUAAUCCCUUUCAGUAUCGAUGUAAGAAAAGUUAUUGUCAAAUGUUCAGUCAAGAAAAAAUAAAAAGCCAUGGCAAAUUUCCUGCUUUUCUGAUAAAGAGGUUAGAUAUAUUUAGAAUCAUGAACUUGUUACUGUGAAAAAGUCCCAUACUUCAUGCAUAUAUUGUGUUAAAUUCUACUUGGUACAGUGGGAUUGGCCAAGGAAUAUGCAAAAAUUCUUAACUCUGGACUGUUCCAAACCCAUUCAUAUUGAUCCCAGCUGAGAGCUAUCACUGCCUAGCUGUUAUUGAUUUGUUUGAAAUUACUUGGUGGUCUUUGUUCACUUUCCUGGUUGAAAAAAAAUCAGUUUUUAGAAACUGUCUACCUUGAGGGCUGUUAUUAGAUGGCAUUACAGGUGGAAGUGAACUGGAUGUGGAAGCCAGUCAUGAAAGCAGGUUUGACUGAUGAAAUAGUGAGGCUUGCUGCUGCUCAGCAUUUUAGGCCUUACUCAGUAAACAGAAGCCUUUGCUCAUUCUGGAAGCAUAUAAUAAAUCUUUAACAGAUACUUAAAAUCAGUGAUGAACACAGAACCAUCUAGUUCACACCACUUGUAGUUCAAAUUGAGUUCUGAGCUGUUUGUCGUAUAAAUUGGUGUCUGGAAAGCACAUUUUAGCCACUUCUAAUGUCACAUGACUAAAAUGAAAUGCCAAUUCACAUUAGAAGUCCUAGGAAAUACCAGAUAAAUGAAAACUACAUGCCUCUUUCUUUAAUCAAAAAUAUAAUUAGAAAUAUUUAGGGCACUUGUCAUCUGUUUUGGUUCCCAAUAACAGCAGUCUUAGUUUGUUCCUAUCAUGAUGUCUGUUUUGAAGCCUCCCCACAUUUUGGCCAUGGCAAUGUUACAGGCAGCAGCGUUCAGAGUAGGGGUGUUUAGAAUAACCUAAUGUCACUUUCAGUCUGUUUGCAUAUAUGUUCUUGUCUUUGUAAAAGGCUUUAACCCUGCCUCAAACAAUAAACAGCACUUGCAAACUGA